AUGGCUACGAGCUCUGUUCCCCCUUCCGAGGCAGCGGUGUCGAAAGCAGACAGCGGCAAUGAAGCGCUCCUUGAUGUGUCGGUCCUGAAGGAGCUUGCCCGGAAAGCAUUGAUUGACUCCCUCAACUCCGUUAAUGGCGCGAAGACUCUGGUCCUUGAUCCUACACUCGCUGGACCUCUCGGUCUAGUAACUGAAGUCGCGCUCCUCAAGCAUCAUGGUGUAGACAAGAUGUUUUGGCUUGAAGCUGGCCCCUUAUCAGCAACGUCCACGAACAUCGUCUACCUCUGUAGACCACUCAUAAGGUGGAUCAAGAUCAUAGCAGACCAGAUCAAACGGCACGCUAGAGAGUCGCAGAAGCAUACAUACACUCUCCUCCUGGUCCCACGAACGUCGACGCUCGUUACGCGCAUCCUGGAGGAAGAGGGCGUCCUCGGUGACGUCACGAUAUCCUCGUACAACCUGCAGUUCAUUCCUUUGGCCGAGGACGUAAUUUCGCUGGAGAACGACAAUGCGUUCAAGGAGAUUUGGGUGGAUGGGGACGAGAGUGUCAUCUACGACUCCAUGCAAGCGCUAGUAACUCUGGAGAAGCUCCAUGGUCUGUUCCCCAGAAUAGUCGGGAAGGGUGACUAUGCGGCUCGUCUUGCAAGCUUGCUUUCGAAGAACACGCACCAAAGCCCUAAUGCACCUUCGGACAACCUACUGAACGCACCUUCAGAGACCAUGGACUCGCUCAUCAUCUUGGACCGUCGGGUGGAUAUGAUUUCACCCCUCCUAACGCAGCUCACGUACGAAGGCCUGGUCGACGAGCUCAUUGGGAUCAAGAACUCGCACGUUGAAUUGCCGGUGUCCCUGGUAACCCCUCCCGCAGGACCGAACGCAGGAGAAGCGUCAGCCUCGACUUCCGCCCCUGUGCCCCCCGCAAACACCCUCACGAAGGAGAAGAAACGCAAACAUCACCUGACGACAACCACCGAUCCACUUCUCGCCGAGCUGCAGGACCUCAACUUCUCAGCUGUAGGGAAGAAGCUAAACCAAGUAGCGCGCCGGCUCGACGAGGACUACAAGCUCAGACACCAGGCGAAGACGGUGGCGCAGCUGCGCGACUUCGUUGGGAAAUUGGGCGGCCUGCAGUCCGAGCAUCAGUCAUUGCGCUUGCACACCGGCUUGUCGGAGAUGCUCGUGCCGAUGACGAGGACGGAGGAGUUCAACAGGUCGCUGGAGAUCCAGCAGAAUCUUCUGGCGUUGUACGACACCAAUGCCCAGAUUGCGGCCAUUGAGGACAUGAUAGCACAGGGGGCAGAUAUGAGGCUUGUCUUGCGGCUGUUAUGCCUAGCUAGUAUCGUUCUGGGCGGGGUUAAAGCCAAGUCGCUAGAGAAUAUAAAGCGGGAAAUUCUCCAGACAUACGGGUAUAACUACCUGCCGCUGCUUCUAUCUUUGGCGGCACCACCGCUGGCCGUCUUGCUCCCCAACCCGCUACCUCCGAACACACCCGCUGCCGUCGCGGACUCCAAGUACCCCUACAGCGGCCUACGGAAAUCGCUGCGGCUGCUCAUCGAGGACCCCGACCCGCUCGAGGAGCUCGAGAACGACAUCAGCUACGUCUAUUCUGGGUUCGCGCCCAUCAGCGUCAGGCUGGUGCAGUGCGUGGCGCAGAAGGGCGGGGUGCUGAGCAAUCCGGCGGCAGAGAAGGAGAGGAAGGGCGCCGGGGGCGAGGACGGCGCGAAGCGGGCCUCGGCCGCGCCCAUGGUGCAGGCGCACCCCAUCGUGGGGUGGAAGGGCUUCGAGGACGUCGUCGCGUCGAUCCCCGGGGAGACGGUCGACGCCGUGCAGAGGGUGCCGGGCAGCCAGGAUGGGGCCGGCCUUCCCCCGGUUUCGACCCUGAUGCUGCCAAGAGAGCGGGCGACCACGACAGUGGUGUUCUUCCUGGGUGGGGUGACCUACACUGAGAUCGCGGCGCUGCGCUGGGUUUCGCGGCAGAAUAAAGGACGUAAAUUCUUAAUUGCGACGACGGGGAUCAUCAACGGGAACAGCAUAAUCGACAGCAUAGCAGGGAUCGGUGGGGCGGUUGCGAAAGAGGCAGGCAUAUAGCUGUUUGUGGAUGGGCAUAAGUUGGAAUCAGACUCAGCGUCGACGUUGGCGAGCGCUCCGUCUACCCUAUACCUCUGUGCUGCCUGCGGUGCCCGGCACGUACCAUGGCUCGACCUAGACCCAAUAAACUUUCCG